AUGGUCCGAAAUUUAAGUAAAGAAAAAAAUAAUGAAGAGUUGAGAAAAAUGUUGCUUUUGAGAGUUAGAGAAGAAAAAGAAACAAGAGCUAUAGAAUAUCAAGGUCUGACAGAGAAGGUAUUGAGUACGGUUAGGGAAGUUAUGAGUAUGUAUAAACGAGAAGGAGGAGGUGCAGCAGUGAAGUGUUUUUAUUGUGAUAAACCAGGACAUGUUGCAAGGAAUUGUUUUUUAAGAAAGGCCAAAGAAGGCUAUAAUUAUAAUAAAAAUGAUUUGAAGUAUUUUAAUUUUAGUGGUGAAAACGACACUGGUUCUGCAACUAUUUACGAGAGAGGAUAUAAAAAGAUCUAUAAAUGA